UCAUCCAGCUUGCAGGUAAAGGGUUACACAUUCUAGGAAGUAUUAAAUGCAAACUUUAAAGGAUUUUAUUUUCAUCUACAGUCACAUGACACCUUAAUACCCAAUGACACCAACUACAGUGUCUCAUUAAGAGGUCAUGCAAACUCCCAAGCUAAACAAGGCAUUCUUACAUAUUUAACAUUCAAAUGCAGAAGCCAAGCUAAGCCAUGGAAGAUUGUAAUCAGAAAAAAGCUACACUUCCUGAUCCACACAAAAGCUGCAGGUUCUUCAAACAGGAGACAGAUUGCUGUCAUUUUGGGCUGAAAUCUGGAGGUUAUUUUGGAAUGUGAAAACUACUUGUUGCUGGCAUCCAUGACAACCAUGUAGAUACUGUUCACUUACUUUAACAUUCUACACCAGCAUGAAAACACACACUCCACUUUCGGGUCAAAAGCCAGUCACAUGCAUCAGACAGACAGAAGUUCACAGUGAAACCAGUUAUCACUUGACAUGAUGUAAUGGGAUGAAGACAUUUAAACCAAACCUUUCAAGCAGUCGAUGGAACACAAUCUGAAAGAUUAAAGAAAAUCCAGAUGGGGUGCAGAUGCUGCAAAAUGAUACAAAGCUACAUUUUUGAUCCAGAAGAAGUACAAUCACCUGGAUGCAUUCAUGAAGUAAGCAGCUAUAAACACAAUGAGCAAGGCAGCAAUAAAUCCAAAGAGAACAGUGAAAUUCAAGAACAUAAAAAUGAACUCCAGAAGGAUGAGCUGAAUGGAAUAGAAAAUAAAAGUCAGAUAAAUAGCAGAAAAGAAACUCUCUGGAAUCAUGGAGGCAAUGAUUUUCAAGAGGAUGGCCUUUUGAAGUGUGUUGCAAAGCUUGAUGUUGCAGUCAAUGGUGGCACCUCCUGUGCUGGAGUGCACCCUGUGCUCAACCCCAACACAAACCCAGUGAAAGAGGCCAGUGAACAGGGAACCUCCAGCCAGUCAGAGGCUUCUUCAGCCAGUAGAGACUUUUACACCAGAUCAAAUAGGUCUGGACAAGAACUUGACCUAGAGGUGGGCUGGCAGAGGAAGGCAACAUGCAAUGAGCCAAACAGUAUUCAAGAUGAGAACUCCCAGUCUGCAGAGGACAUCAUCUUUCUUAAAGGAAGUGCAAUACUGGAGACACAAAACAAUGCCAUACAACUGCCAGAUAUUAAUUACCCCCAAACCAGGAACUAUGUUGAAAAAGACAGCUUUUUAGUCAAUUAUGCACACUCAGACCAAAUCACUGGGCCUUCAGCAGUGCAGGACCAGGACCUUUGUGUGACCCCACCUCCACCUAUGAAGGAGAGCAGUAUUGGACCUUUUAAAACUGACUCCAGAAGUUUGAGGGCAGGCAUUAUGGGUGGUAUCACUGCCGUGGCUGUUACCAGAGUAGCACAGGAACCCACACACCCCAACCAUAAAGACAUCAAUGGAGAAAUGGAGGAGGAAGAUGCAGAAGUUGCAGCAGCUCUAGCUGCACUGGAAGCUGCAACUGCAGGGGAAGACUUGGAUGAUGACGACGAGUACUAGAUGAAGGUUUAUUUCUCAUACACUGGGUAAGAUCCAGAUUUUAUUUCUGGAUCUAUGUAUUACAUGUAUAGCACAUGUGGACAGUUGUUAUGAACAGCACAUAUAAAAGGAGUUUGGACUAGACCUCUGUCCCUUCAGCUGUUUUGUACAGCUUUUAAUUUGUACUGCCUGUGGUACAGAAGCACUCCCUUGGCUAAUGGCAGUACUAACACUUUUAUAUGGUACCAGCUGGGGGGCAGAGUGGCAUUUCUUUCUCACAGGAUAUUCUGCUGUAUACCCACCUCACCUGGACUCAUGCAAAACCCUUUGGUUUUGACCUUCAGGAGGGUCUGUGCAUACUGCAUGUUCCAGGUUCAGAAGAAUUCCAUUAUUUAAAACAGAAUUAUAGAAGACAUGGAGUUAGAAACCACAGAUUUUCAUCGUUAGCACCAAAAAAAAAAAAAAAAACCAAAAAACAAACCCCAAAAAAACAACCCAAACCUGACCCAGAAUUCCAUGAUCUAAUGAUGUAUGAAAUAAAGAAGGACAGUUCCAGUCCAGAUCAAGCCUAAAUCUGUGGCUGUACAGCUGGCAUUAUGACAAACUCAUCUCUUCCCUUGCACAUCUCCUGGACUUCGUUUGAUACCCAAGUGACCAGCUUCAGUUCACUAAAACAGCAGAAGCCUAGCCAAAUCCAAGAGAGUGGGUAACUUUGUGUUGGUUUAAUGAGCUGAAGUAGCUCACAUAAAAACUGAGGUGCUGGAGAGAGAUCAAAACUCAGUCUUAACUGUAUGGAUAGGUUAAAACUGCUGUGAAACUACAGCCCAAGACUUCUCAAUUGUGCUAAAUUUUCCAGGCACGCAUACUUGCCUUAACAACACAGUUUGCAAACAGGUUGUGUCUCAUAAACAUCCCCAGCAAGAUGUGUUUUGUUUAUAUACAAACAGUGUGGACCCCUCCCUGGCUCUGCUGUAGUCCUUAAAAAUUACAGCAGGAGAGGGAUUGAGCUUCCAAGCUGAAUCAAGCAUAAGACCUGAAAAUACCAGCUGCGUUCCUGGAGCAUUUACCCUCCCUCUGAUGUCAGAUUACUACAUUGAUCUUCUGUGUGAGCAUGGAGGAAAAAAUUAGAGACCAGUUAGGUGCUGAUUCAUCAAAAGUUGGAUCUUAAUGGUUAAAAGUGCUUGACAUUUUAUACUGAAAUGUGGUUUCCGUUUUAAAUUCUUAAUAAAUUGUCUUUUAUCAUAUAAAAAAAAUUAUCUGGCAACUUUUGUGCUUUAUGUGUUUUCUGAUCAUAUAAC